AUGGGCGAAGAAAAGGUCCGCAUAUCGGGCGAGUCUGGAAGAUCGCCCCAGUCCCCCAUUCUCCCGACUGUCAAUCCAAAUAUCGAGAAGCCACUGGAGCCGCCAUCAAACGGGAUACAUCCUGCAUUUUACGUGAUAGUAUGGAUUUCCCUCAGUUCUAGUGUUAUUCUUUUCAACAAAUGGAUUUUAUCCACUCUCAAAUUCGAAUACCCCAUCCUCCUCACAUCAUGGCAUCUCGUCUUCGCGACCAUCAUGACGCAGGUCAUGGCACGGACGACAUCGCUCCUCGAUGGGCGCAAGAACGUUAAGAUGACCGGACGGGUAUACCUAAGAGCGAUUGUGCCAAUUGGGGCCUUUUUCAGUUUGAGCUUGAUCUGCGGGAACUUGACAUAUCUGUAUUUGAGUGUGGCGUUCAUUCAGAUGCUCAAGGCUACCACACCCGUUGCGGUUCUUGUUGCAGGUUGGUUCCUUGGGCUUGAGAAGCCCGAUUUCAAGAAGCUCGGCAACGUCUCCUUUAUCGUUAUUGGUGUCGUUCUGGCCUCUUUCGGCGAGAUUGAGUUCGUCCUGAUUGGAUUCCUCUUCCAAAUGGCCGGUAUCGCGUUUGAAGCCGUCAGAAUCUGCAUGGUACAACGACUGCUUAAUGGAUCUGAGUUCAAGAUGGACCCUCUAGUGUCGCUGUACUACUUUGCUCCGGUCUGCGCUGCCAUGAACUUGACCGUGGCCCUCUUUUGGGAAUUCCCGAAGGUCACUUUGGCUGAGGUCUACGAGGUUGGUCUCUCGACAUUCUUUGCGAACGCCUGUGUCGCAUUCUUACUCAACGUCUCCGUGGUCUUCCUGAUUGGCAAAACCUCUGGCCUCGUCCUCACACUUUGCGGUGUCCUCAAGGAUAUCCUCCUCGUCAUGGCAUCCAUUCUCAUCUGGGGCACCAAGAUCUCCGGCCUCCAGGUCUUCGGCUACAGCAUCGCUCUCUGCGGCAUGCUCUACUACAAGCUCGGCAACAAAGAAAUGAAGCCUUUUAUUCAAGAGGGAACCCGCCGAUGGGCAGAAUUCGGCGCCAACCGCCCUGUCCUCCGGAAGCUGGUGGUAUUUGGCCUCGUCAUUGUUACCAUCCUCAUUAUGCUUGGUAAUCUUGCACCAGUCCACCCCAAGGCGUAUCUAGACGGCAUGAAGAGCCCCAUUAGCCAUUGA